AUGAUGGCAGGACCUAGUGAUGACAAGUGCAGCAGCUCUGUGGUUUGCAGUGAUGACCCUCCACCUCUGAGUAUUACACUGAAGAAGACAAGAGAUCUGCCAAAGAAGAUGAAACUUUGGGGCAAGGACUAUCCUGCAGUUGAUAUUCUGCUCUUGACUGUGGAGGAUUGCGAGUUCUUGGCUUGUUAUCAUUACCUGAGAGAUUCCUUUAAAAGCUAUGAGAAAUCCAUUGGAUGUGUGUAUUUUGGAAAGAUGGGUGAAGAGGAAGGUGGGUCACUGAAAGUUGCCCUAGUGAGGUGUUCUAAAGAAUCUUCAGAUCCUGGAGGUUCUCAAACUGCAGCUAAAAGUGCUGUCACACUCCUGAGACCCAAGGCUACUUUUUUGGUUGGUUUCUGCCAUAGUUUGAAUCCUAACAAAGCCCAGCUAGGAGAUGUGGUGAUAUCCUCAAAGCUUACAACAGAUUUCCACAAAACCCCAGUGAGUAGGAAUGUUGGUAACCUUGUUAGAAGUGCAGCUGAUGGAUGGGAGGCACCAUUAGAAAAUCCAGAAGCACGAGAAGUCAAAGUACAUUGUGAUGGAGAGAUUUUGAGUUGCUCUGAUCUGAUUGGUGCUGAACAGCAAUGUCAAUCACACCCUGGGGCAAUUGCAGUUGAUAUGGAAGGAAAAGGUGAGAAUUACUCUCAGGGUUACUCUUGCUUGGCAUCUGUGAUCACUGUGCUGAAAACUGUUUUGCCAUAAAAAGAACUACAUGUAUUUCUCAUGUUCAGUGUGACUUCAUGUUACCAGGAUCACUCACACAGAGCUGACCAAACCCAAUUACACAAAACGGUCAAUUAACUCUAUUUAAACUCUUUUUCAUGUGUGUGCUUUGGGCCUAAGCACUGAUUGGCACAAGUGAAUUUAGAUGGAAUCAUUGUUCAUUUCUUUAUAAUAUAACUUUUUUAUCUCAUCUCAGUUACCCAGUAACCAAAGUAUUACCAUAAAGAUGAUUAUUCCCAGUCACUUACAAAGGCACACUGCAAGCAAGAAAUAAAUUAUGAGUAGUCCCAGAGGUUUUCAAACAUAAUGUGUAUUACACUCUACCCGCAAAUUGAUGUUCUCAAUCUUUGCCACUGAGCCACAGGACUAGAGGGGAGCUUCUGGUCACCACUCUGUAAGGCCAGGUUUCUGGAGGAGGAGAGAAAGUUAGGAAUUCUUUUUGUAUGGGGAGUGAUCACCACAAGUGUACAAUGAUAAUGAUUUUUGCAGUAUACCCUCCACUUUGAUGUUCUUAAGCUUUACCUCUGAACUACAGGAGGCUGGUUGCUAAACUAUUAAACUAGGAGGAGGGUAGGAACUGAACUAUUUUUGUAGGGGGAGUGGUCGGCACAGGUGUACAAUGGUAAUCUUUACUGAUUACACUGUGCCCCACUUUGAUGUUCUUAAGCUUUACCUCUGAACUACAGGAGGCUGGUUGCUAAACUAUUAAACUAGGAGGAGGGUAAGAACUUAACUAUUUUUGUAGGGGGAGUUGUCGGCACAGGUGUACAAUGGUAAUCUUUACUGAUUAUACUGUGCCCUCCAGCUUGUCAUAUCUUCAAGCCUCAUCUUUUGAACUAUUCAAAGCUCCUGGUUGCUAGACUAUUUAGCCAGGUUCUUGUUAGAGGCGAGGUACUCAAUACUUUUUUUCGAGGGAACUCUUUCCUGAAUUCCAAAUCCUUACUCUCUGAUAUACCGCUUCUGACUAAAAAGGUACUCCGCCCAAUUCAUUAUACUCUUAAUGAAGAGUGGUGCUAAUUUAUAUACCUGCAGAAAAACACAUCUCUUAAAGACUUCCAGUAGCAAAGGAAAAACAAAAAGGGUGAUCUGCAGAAAAACGAAGCCUCUUUUACUCAAACCAAUCGUAAAGAUUUCCCUAUAAAAUCAUUGUUUAAAUCCAUUCCGAUUUUUAUUGCUUUUUUUUAUUCAUUUUUCUACCUCAGGCCUGUUUGCAGCAGCUCAUGACAUGAAGAUGGAGUGGCUUGUCGUUAAAGGUGUUUGUGGUUUUGUACAUGGCGUUGCAUCUACAAACGAUUCGUGGAAGACUUUUGCUUGUGUUAUGGCAGCUUCUGUUGUAUCCAACAUACUGAGGAACUCUUUUGUGUUUGGAGACUGGCCUCAUUACGGAGGUACGUGUACACAUUUGUAA